CUUUUGGUCACGUGAGAGGAAACUCACUGGUGCACGCGUCCUGUCAAAACAACACAUCUACGAUCAAAUCCCAGCAGAAUGAACAGUGAUGCGAAAGCGAAAAGGCAGCGACGAUCAUGACAGCUCGUUCACGGGAACGUUAACGGACGGCAGCUCCGAUCUAAAGCAGUGCCACAAAAGGGUAGACGCGGCUACUGAUCCUGGAGGCUCGGGGAAGGAGAUGGGGAGACGGUGCAGGAGGGGUGGUUUGAUGUGGAGGUUGCGGAGGAUACUGAUCUGGCUUCUGGGAAUCUACAUCGCCAUCCCUGUUAUCAUCAAAGUCUGUCCAUCAAUACAAGCAAAAUUAGUAUUUUUAAACUUUGUGCGGGUGCCGUAUUUUAUAGAUUUGAAAAGACCGCAGGAUCAGGGUAUGAAUCACACUCACAACUUCUACCUGCAGCCGGAGGAAGGAAUCAACAUUGGAGUGUGGCACACAGUUCCAGCAGGCAUGUGGAGGGAGGCUCAGGCUAAAGAUGCUGAAUGGUAUGAGAAAAGCUUCCAGUCCAGUCACCCAGUCAUCCUGUACCUCCAUGGCAAUGCUGGGACGAGAGGAGGAGAUCACAGAGUACAGCUUUAUAAGGUUCUCAGUUCAUUAGGCUACCAUGUAGUCACGUUUGAUUAUAGAGGUUGGGGAGACUCUGAGGGCAGUCCUUCAGAGAGAGGCAUGACGUCAGACGCUCUGUUUCUCUACCAGUGGAUAAAACAGCGGAUUGGACUGAAGCCGCUGUACAUCUGGGGUCACUCACUCGGCACAGGAGUGGCCACUAACCUCGUAAGACGGCUGUGUGACAGGGGAACGCCUCCAGACGCCCUGAUUUUAGAGUCACCCUUUACAAACAUCAGAGAGGAAGCCAAGAGCCAUCCCUUCUCCAUGGUUUACAGAUAUUUACCGGGAUUUGACUGGUUCUUCCUGGAUGCUAUAAGUGCAAACGAUAUCCGAUUUGCCAGUGAUGAGAAUGUGAACCACAUCUCAUGUCCAGUUCUGAUCCUGCAUGCUGAAGACGACACAGUGGUGCCCUUCCAGCUGGGAAAGAAGCUGUAUGAUUUGGCGGCUCAGAGUAAGAGUCUGAACGGUCAUAAGGUCCAGUUCAUCCCGUUCUCCAGUUCUCUGGGCUACAGACACAAGUUCAUCUACAAGAGCCCACAGCUACCAAAUAUACUGAGUGAUUUUCUAAGAGCUCCUCAUCCUCACGGUUAGUCCAGAUCUCCUCGCUCCCAUGUCCCUGCGCAUGAACUCAAGACACUCCGGCUCUUUUGCAUUUGGUUGUUCACUUAAACCCUACCGAGGGAGGAAGUGCUCAUCUUUUGAGAGAGUGACAGGAUGAUUUGACUCUCCUCCUCCUCCUGCUCUGUUGUCAUUGUGAAUCUGAAGCGGCAGCUGGAGCACAAAGUAUGCAAAAUAAUAUGCAAAUACGCACUGAAAUUAACGCUUAAGUCAGCAGAAAGAAGUUUUAACGACAGCAGAAAUUAAGGUCAAAGGGACGAAACGGAACACUGAUGUCACAACUCGCUGACUGCCGUUCACUUUUUUUAACGGACGUAUAUAAUAACAAUAAGAUCGACAUUAUCAUGGACCUGAAAAUCCACUCAAUGUGAACAGCGAGUUAUUUUUAGGUUGAACUUGAAUUCUUUACACAAAAAUGUCUUUUUCUGUUUGUAUUUUUCUUCCCUUUUCUGGUUUGUGAUGGAGGAUUUUGUGCUGCCUUGGCAUUAAAGCUCUGAGGUUGUUUUUA